GUCUGAGCCCAGUGCUCACGUGAACAUGAAAGGACGCAGGACGCUCUGACAAGUUGAGACGUGUCACGGAGUAGCAUCGUUUGAGUAAUCUCAUCGUUUUUCGAUAUUUUGAAUCCAUUUCGUCGUUAUCCUUAAAAAAAAAUGGCAAAAUUUCGUAAUUCAUGGCACAAGUCUUCGGACGAUGAAGAUAGUGAAAGUUUUAUCAUACUAAGCGACGAAGAAGACUACGAAAAGAUCGUUAUACCGGAAAGCUCGGAUAAUGAGACAGACAACAAUGAAAGCACAAAAUCCGAAUCUGCUACUGGCAGAAUCACACCAUUGAUUCAUAAAGCAAUUCGUAGAAGCCUUCAUCAUUUUAAGGAACCGUCCGAUGAAACAGAGAAUAUAAGUACAGAAGAUCUCACCAACCCACCUACAUUAAAGAGUAAAAAUUCACCACGAUCAAAGAUCACCCCUUACAAAGGCUACAAUUAUUCUGUAGAUUCUUCCGAUGAGGAGCAAGAUAUAAGUACUGAAAUGAAAACACACUCAACUACAUCAAGUGAACGAGAAACCUCAUCAAAUCUCGUUGACAAUUAUAUCCAGAUCCCAGAAAAUCACAAGCGUUCUAAACACUAUACCGAUUCUGAAAUGGAUGACUCAAUUGUUAGAGUUAGACCUAAACCCAAACGUAUACAUCAUUUGGAAAAUUCAAGUGAAUCAGAUGAUGAUCCUCUUGAAAGUCACGUAAUCAGUACGGAUGAAGACGACGUUUUAAUUGAGAGUUCAGUUAAUUCGGCGAUAAAGAACAAGACAGAUGAAUCACAACAUUCGAUCGAUAGCGUUCAUUUAGAAUCGUCUAGCGAAAAUUUCAGCUCAUCAGAAAAUUCUAUAGAAUGUGAUCUUGCAAUGUCCAUUGCUAUCGAGGAGUCAAAAAAUUCGAGUCUCAGUCCUAAACUUGCACAACGAAAAGCAUAUCUUGAAGCCCAGUUACAUCAAGUGGAUAAACAACUAACCAAAUCAAAAAUGUUGCUUAAUUCUGGAAAGCUUGGAGCACUCCCCGAUAAGGGUGAAAAGAUUCGAGAAAACAUAAAAAUACAAGAAACUGAGCUGACGCGUAUACAGAGCCAGCUGCAGCGUAUUGAAAGUAAAGCAAAAAGAUCGAGUGCUAAAUUACUUCGUACGCAGGAAGUUAAAAAGUCGCUUUUCAAAGAGGGAACUUUAGAAAUUGACCCGACGUUUUUGAAACCUACAACAUCGUCUCAGCAAAUUGAUCUUGGUAAAAAGGCCCUCGAGACUUUUCAAAAAGAGCAAGAACUAACUGUGGACAGACUCAAAGAUCUUCAUGGAUCUCUAGUGUCUCGUCCGGAGGAAAACCAGCUCGCCGAAGACCCGAGAGGACUCAAGGUGAAACUAAUGCCCCAUCAAAAGUAUGCUCUCACAUGGCUAUUAUGGCGAGAAAAACAAAAUCCAGCCGGUGGUGUAUUAGCUGACGACAUGGGCUUAGGAAAAACUUUGACGAUGAUUUCGCUAGUGGUUGCUGCAAACCAAAUAAAAGAUGCUGCUGAUGACAGUGAUGACGAAAACGAAAAUUGGCUAUCGAGUGCUCGAACUCGGCGACAUUUGGGUGGAACACUUGUCGUCGCUCCGGCGUCGUUGGUGGCUCAGUGGCAAUCGGAAGCAAAAAAUCGUUGCAAAAGCGGAUUACUUACCGUCGAGCUUUUUCAUGGAAAUAACCGCGAAUCAAAUCCAAAACGGUUAGCAAGGAAUGAUAUGGUCGUUACUACAUACAAUAUCUUAUCCAGAGAGUUUAAAACUUCCGGAGUUCCCUAUAAGAUCCAUUGGAAACGUGUGAUUCUUGACGAAGCCCACAUAAUCCGAAAUCACAAGAGUCAAACAUGUGAGGCAGUCUGCGGCUUAAAUGCCUCAAAAAGAUGGGUUCUCACAGGAACACCUGUACACAAUAAAGAAAUGGACUUGUUCUCACUGCUCAAAUUCUUAAAGUGUUCACCCUUUGAUGAUGUUCGCGUGUGGAAGCGAUGGGUCGACAACAAAAAUGUAGCUGGCUCAGAGAGGUUAUCAACAGUAAUGAAAACUAUCAUGCUACGUCGAACCAAGCAGGAACUGCAAGAGAAUGGUUCUCUGGACGUAUUACCCGAAAAAUCUAUUGAAACGAUCGAAGUUAAACUCGAUCCUGACGAGCGACUUGUCUAUGAUAAAGUCCUCGUGUUUUCCAGAACCUUGUUUGCACAAUUCCUUGCACAACGAGCCGAAAAGGCCCACAUGCAGGAACUCGGGACUGGAAUGUACGAUAAACCUUCUUGGCAGACGAACUACAAAGACACCCAAUUCACGAAGGCUCAAAAAAAGUUACUGUCGAUGCAUGCAGACGUCGCUGCCCAUGAGAUUCUUGUUCUCUUGUUACGCUUACGGCAGCUAUGCUGUCAUCCUUCAUUGAUUCACGCCAUGCUCGAUCAGCAAGACAUUGAAGAAAAUGGUUUGCAUGGCGUGGAAAAUCCGACAGGACUGGCCACCCGAUUAGCAGACAUGUCUCUGCAUGACGAUGAGGGCGAGGAUGAAGGCGAGAUAGGUGUCGACGAAAGAGUCGCCGAGCACCUAUUAACAUCUAGCAACCCAGUUUUCGAUCGUUGUCGUCAAAGUUCCAAGCUGAAAGUGGUUAUGGAAAAAAUUCAAGAAAUCGUUACGGACAACGACGAUAAGCUCAUUGUUGUGUCUCAAUGGACCAGCGUGCUUGAACUUAUCGCUGAUAAUCUUAAACACCUGAAAAAGGUUUCGUAUCGAAUGUUCACGGGUAAAGUCCCAGUGAAAGAUAGACAGGGUAUCGUGGAUGACUUCAAUGCUCGACAUUCGAAAACGAACGUACUCCUCCUGUCGUUGACAGCUGGCGGAGUCGGAUUGAAUUUAGUUGGAGCCAACCAUUUGUUGCUAUUGGAUAUCCAUUGGAAUCCACAACUUGAGAACCAGGCGCAAGAUCGCAUCUAUAGAUUUGGACAGAAAAAAGACGUGUACAUUUACAAAUAUAUAUGCUCUGACACGAUCGAGGAGCGAAUCAAAGCGCUCCAAGAGCACAAGUUGGCAAUCGCGGACAGUCUUCUAAGUGGUAGUGGAAAAGCUGGAGCCUCUAAGCUUUCACUCGAUGAAAUGAAAAUGCUUUUCGGUAUUUAGUUAUAAAUAACACCUUUGACUCUUUUUUUAAAUUUUACUCACGAGACUCUUGGCCAACAUAAUUCGUUUAAACAAUGCUAUUUUACUACCUAACAAUGAAACUAUAGGUCGCUCCUUUCGUCAUACUUGACAUGUAAAUAAGCGAUAAAAAGUAUCGUUUGCAUUGUUAAAUUGAGUAUUUAUAUAUUUUAUCUUCAUUGAUAUUAGUUUUAUUUGUCUCUAGUUAUGUUUACUUUGGGAACUUAUCUACUGUCCCGACAAUUCAGACAGUUACUGCUGUGCCACAUUCCGUAUGAAAAGUAAAAGCCCUGAGAUAAAAAAAAAUAACUAUAAGUCCUGAGAUAAAAUAAAAAUAUGCCAAAAUAUAUAA